UUUUGAAAAUGAAAAAACUUGUAAAUAUGGGGGCACCAACAAUGAAAAAUUGGAUGUACAUAUUAAAAUUGUUCUGCUCAAGUAAAUAUACCUACACUAUCGGGCCAUGGGGUGCAAUUUGCAUUUCAAGAUUCAUCUUUUUAAAAUAGGAGAAUACACUCAUAAAUAGGGAAGGAUCUUUAAGAACUUUAAAACGGUAAAAACUUCCUCAUAUGAAGGUAUGGUACAAAACCUUGUUGACUCCCACCUUCUCGGUGCAGCCUGAUGUGGUGAUUCGGCCAUGAAUGAAUUGGAAUGUGUGAAUUUGAGUAAUGGGCACGUAAGGACCUCAGUGACUGUGCUUAGUGUAUACACCACAAGUACCGGAGCUUUGCUAGUGUUUGUACGAAUGGUGCGGUGACUGUAAUCGUAACUUGGUUACGUAAAAGCUAAAAGUAUGCAAUGUAAAUUAUUGUUUCAUUUUCAUUUUGAAGACCUUGAAGUCUUAUCAGUGUCGCUAAUUGUGGCUGAAAGUACGUGGCCAAUUGAGAUUCUUUCCUUGUUAGCUUGUUACCUACAUGAGAGAACUCUUCAUGUUUGAAAAAAUGAACGUAACGCCGAAUUUUGGCCAAUUUUAAUUAUGAAAUUUUAUGGCGGUAAAGGACUUAAUUUGGCAGUUUGCCUGCUUGUAUUUCAUUUUAAUUUCCUUGACUCACAUCGCGAUAUUCCACGAAGGAACGAGUGAGAAUUUAAAAAUUGCAUUCCGUUUGUAUAGAGGACCAUUAUUGAUAAUAGAAUUUUUGUUUUUAAUCGGCGUCAACGUGUACGGAUGGCGUUCGUCGGGAGUAAACCACGUCCUAAUCUUCGAAUUGGACCCCAGAAACCAUUUAUCCGAGCAGCACCUGAUGGAAAUGGCGGCGAUAUUCGGAGUAAUUUGGACGCUGAGCCUGUUAAGUUUUUUGUACAGUCCCAGCCUGAGCAUACCGCCUUAUUUAAAUCCGUUGGCGCUUUCGAUUUUAAUGCUCGUCUUUGUACUUAAUCCGUUUAAAGUAUUCCGGCAUGAGGCCCGGUUCUGGUUCUUAAGGAUAUGUGGUCGUAUGUUUGCCGCCCCUUUCUUUCAUGUGGGCUUUGCCGAUUUCUGGCUGGCCGAUCAACUGAAUAGCUUGGCAAAUGCGCUAGUCGAUUUUCAUUUUUUGGUCUGUUUCUACGUCACCAAUGGUAAUUGGCUGGAAGCAAAUGAUACAAGUCAAUGCAUGGAGCACAAUUUCAUAACUCGUCCCAUUGUGAACUGCAUUCCGGCGUGGAUACGUUUCGCUCAGUGCUUGCGACGUUACCGCGAUACAAAGGAGGCGUUUCCCCAUCUCGUUAACGCCGGAAAGUACGCCACCACGUUCUUCGUGGUUAUUUUCGGGACACUCAGAUCUGUAUACCAGUCGAAUUACGCGUCGUCCGCCGAUAAUCCGUUUUUAUUUUUAUUUAUCGCAUCCUGCAUCCUUAACUCUUGUUACGCGUACACUUGGGACAUCAAAAUGGAUUGGGGAUUAUUCGAUAAAGGUGCCGGAGAAAACAAGCUUUUGAGGGAGGAAAUCGUUUAUUCGUCAACGUUCUUUUACUACUUCGCGAUCAUCGAAGACUUUGUCCUUCGAUUCGUAUGGGCGCUAUCGCUGUAUUUAACCGAAAUGCAAUACGUCAGUUCCGACCUGAUGACAUCAAUAUUGUCGCCGCUCGAGGUCUUUCGUCGCUUCGUAUGGAACUUCUUCCGAUUGGAAAACGAGCACCUAAACAAUUGCGGUAAAUUCAGAGCGGUACGCGACAUAUCGGUCGCCCCUCUCGAUUCGUCCGAUCAAAUUCAAAUAAUACGGAUGAUGGACGAAGACGACGGCGUGAUAAAUAGGGGGAAGAGGAAGCAGUUCAAGAGGAAGGAGGAUAAGAAGAUAUUAAUAUACGAAGAUAGCCUUAUGACUUUGCAAUCGCCGAAAAGUUCGGGUAGUCCGAUCUCACUUAUACACGUUUGAAAUGCAAUUAGAAGUGGACUGAUUAAAUUUUAUUUCAUUUUAUCCGUUUUUUUUUUAAGAAGGCAACACUGUCUUACCAGGUUAUUACCAAUUCUGCCAUUGAUUAGGCACACUGUGAGGAUGUAGCAAUAGCCCAACAUUAUUUACAUAAUUUGUUAUUACCAAUCGUAAAUAUUGUUGUAAUAUUAACAUUUUUUAUUGAAUUAAUGUACUUUAAUUGUUGUAUUAGCAUAUAUGAAAGUAGAAAUUAGUCAUUUUUUUAUCCAGUGUCGUCAAGUUUGAAGUUGAGCCACAAAGAAGAAAAAGUUCCUCAGUUCAAUUUCCCAAAAUUUUAGCAGUUUGUGUUAGCUAUCAGAGAAUUUUGAGUUCAGAUGCUUACUCCACAGAUAAAAUUCCCAUUUAUCUGUGCUUACUCCAAGUGGCCUAUGGAACUACGUUUAAUUAUUUACUUAUAGUUUUAAUUUUUGUGCCUUUGUGUAUUAUUGUAGGCGUUACGCAAGGUAAUAGCAAAUAGGGAAGUGUCUGAUUAGAAAUCGCGACUAUUUUUUAUAUUUCUUCUCUAUUUAACUGUUACUCAUUUUCCACUUGAUAUCUUAUGAUGAUAGUUCUGUGAUAGUUUAUACAAUUCUCCAUUUUAUCAAUAAAUAGUAUACUUGCCGCA